GUUUAGUGUAUGACGAAAAAUAUUUGGGACGGAACUUUGAUUCUAGUGACAAUGUACACAGCGACAAAUGAUAAAAUUGUAGCAUUUUAUUACUUUCCCCACGAUAACAAAUUUAUGGAACGAACGACGAGUGCGCAGCCAACGGUCAUACAACUUGUAAUAAGGGCACACUGGGAUAAAAAUCGAAAGUUUUCCGGUGUUUUAAUGCCGUCGCCGUGGCAGUGAGGGUUUGAUCAAUUGUCCGUUACGGACGUUAUUGAAUGUUGAUGUGCGUCUGCGAAUGCGGCGGUAUACCUACCUAAUGUUUUGUAGAACGGCGGUUACGUGUUAAGACAUUAUUAUACCUACCAGUUUAACAUUGUAAAACGGCAUGUCGAAAAGUACAAAAAACGAAAGUUAUGGAAACAGCGGCGAAAUAGUAACCGUCAAGUUUCGCACGGACGAAAAUGAAACGCUGACACGAGCGUUUGACUUGAACACCACAGUGGGUUCACUCGGGACAUAUCUGCAGCAAACGCUCAACGCGGGCCCGAACGAAAUAGCGAUUGAACGCGACGGGUCGGCCGUAGAGCGCGGGGAAAGUCUCAAGGAACUCGGCGCUACUUCGUUGGGAAUUUUCGAGUUGGACCUGCGGGGCGACGGCCUGCGUCUGCCCAAAUCGGCGUAUUACAUGCCGGCGGUAGACGUGAUAACGGUGAAUGUCAAAAAGAAGAGACUAGUGGUGGAAAUCGAACACUGUUCCAUGGAUAAACCGUGGCUAGGCGGAUACCGGAACCGGGACAACGGUAAGGUGUACCACCACGCGGCCGCGCAGACAGAUUUCAAACCGAAAGUGUACGCGGACGCGGUUCAAGUGGACGCACGGUCGCAAACGUGCGCCGACAAGGGCGUCGAUCACGGUUCGCGAGACGUUUGGACGCAGACAACGGAUGCGCCGGACGGGAGGUUGUUGUCGGCAAAACGGUACCAGAGCUACCAGUCGUGGUUACAGGAGGAAUACGUUUUGAGCGGUGUGCUGAAGAUACAGCGGGCCUUUAGGAGGAUGUUGGCUCGAAAGAGGACGCGGCAGACCGCGGCGGUGGAGCGACAGAAGACCGUGGCGACGGAGCCGAAGACCGUGACGACCGCGCUGGAAUCCAAACAGCAGCACUUCUAUUCGUUGUACACGAUGAUCGGCAAGUGGUGGAAGAGGGAACGGCAACGAAUCAAGGAGAUCGGCGCGGAGAAUUGCAGAAAAGCGGCGCAGAUGAAUUUGCUCAAGAAGGAAAUCAAGUUCCUGCUAGAGAUGGAGAAACAGCGGUCGGAGCUCAAAUACGAGUUGACCAAGCACGACGACAUAACGUUCCUGAACAAGACGUCCAAGCCGAAGAUGUUCAAGAACAAGACGGGCAAACUGUUGACUAUAGACACGGUGGGCAAUCAAAAGGCCAGGGUGCUGAAGAAGAUGUACGCAAACAUUAUGGGCGAACAGGGGGACGGGAAUAAUAGGCCGGGCCGGGCCGAGGUGCUGGACGAACUGUACGCUGUGGUGGCUUGUUCGAGUUACAAAUACAAGAAGAAUCUGCUGGACGUGAUAGCGAUGGAAAGGGACUAUGCGGAGAUCGGGGCCGACUGGUCGAGCGUGCGGUCGGUCCGGUCCCGAGUGGAACAGAUGUUCCGGCACUUCAUCAGACAGCCCGAGGUGAACCCCGAGGCGGAUUCGUACUACCGGCCUACCGAGAAGCGCAUACUGAACGUCUACACUUGCAUCAGGUGCAAACGGAACCUGGCGGCCACGGAUUUCUCACUGGAGAGCCGGGUGAACCGGACCAACGUGUGUGCCAACUGCGAGUGGACCGAACAAGUGGGCCACAAGCGGAUCGAUAUGGCGCCGUACCGGCGGAUGCUCAAGACACUCCGGCACGACGAGAUGAAGCUGGCUGCGUACGACUCCGAGUGCUUCAUGAUGCAGCCCACCGAGGUGUACCGGCUGGUGUCGGUGGUGUGGCGGGAGAAGUCGGCCAUCGGCGAGUGCGGUCAACUCAACGGAUUGCGGUUGGUGCGAUGGCGCCAGGACGAACCCUGGUCGCCGUGGAACUGCGUGCUCUUGACCCGGGCCGAGGCGGACGUUCACUGCCGGCUGGUCGGGAACCCGGCCGACCACUACGACGCUCAGUUCGUCAACUGGGUGACCAACAGGCACAUGACGGCCCGGUUGCAGUUCGGCAACCUCGUGCAGGCUGUCAAAAACCGGACAGCGAACAAGGCCAAACCGCUGUCGAAAAACUGGAAAGCUGUCGCCGAACAUUUUCGUAUCAAGACGUACAGGUGA